UAAACCCAUAUAAUAUAAGCCAUAGAUAAUUGGAACCCAACCAAUUAUAAGUAACAACAUAAUAUUCCCCCUGUUUAAAUAUACAUAUAAAUUAAUUUUUUUGUAGUGAAAGAUCGAUAAUUAUUAUAUUAUGGAGUUUGAAGAAGGUAUGAGAUCGAGAAAGCAGCAAGCAGUAGUUCUAAAACCAAUUGAGACAAAAGUUAAAAACAGAGGAGAUGAUAUGAAAAUUUCAUUAGAGGAGCCAGUAAGUCCAGCAGGUCGUCUUUUUAACGAACCAAAUUUUAAUGUUCAUAUCUUAGCCAUCAUGGGUAGCAAGAUCAAAAUUAAUUUGGAUUUAGCCAAACAAAAUUUGGUUCAUACUCUGCUCAAGCACCCCCGUUUCUCUAGUCUCCAGGUUGUGGAUGAGGAGAGUGGUAGUGGAAAAAUGAAGUGGGUAAGAACAGAAGUUGAUCUAGACAAGCACAUAAUAGUACCGAUCAUCGACCCAAACAUGGAGGAGUUUAUAAGUCCAGACAAGUUCCUUGAAAAUUACAUUUAUAGCCUCACGAAAAACAAUCUCCUCCUGGACAGGUCAAAACCACUGUGGGAUGUCCACGUGUUAAACCUGAAGACAAGCAACGCCGAAGGAGUUGUCAUUUUCAGAAUCCACCACUCACUGGGGGACGGCAUAUCACUAAUGUCCCUUCUCUUGGCUUGUACACGCCAAAUCGAAAAGCCAGAGGCCGUACCAACACUUCCCACCAAGAAAAUAAUAAACACUUACGAUCAUAACAAUCGUUUUAUCUCAAAGUUAUCGAUCUACUACUGCUUUCUUGGGCUUUGGUGGAUCUUGAAGCUGUUUUGGAACACUUUUGUUGAUUUCGUAUUGUUUGUGGCCACUGCUCUGUUCUUGAAAGACACUCACACACCACUUAGAGGGCUUCCGGGGUGUGAGCAUAAUCCUCGCCGAAUCAUUUUUCGGGUCGUUAGUUUCGAUGAUAUUAAGUUGGUCAAGAAUGCAAUGGCUUCGACUGUAAAUGAUGUUGCCGUGGGAAUUACACAGGCUGGUUUAUCACGAUACCUCAAUAGAAGAUAUGGUGAGAAUGGCGAAGCCUUUCCAAAGAAGAUACGGCUCAGGUCAAAUUUGCUGGUUAAUAUUAGACCAUCUCCGGGAAUUCAAAGUUUGGCUGAUAUGAUGGAGAAGAAUAGCGAAGCAAAGUGGGGGAAUUGGAUUGGUUAUGUGCUCCUUCCAUUUGACAUUUGUUUAAGGGAUAACCCCUUGGAUUAUAUUCGCACAGCUAAAGCUAUUAUUGAUCGAAAGAAACACUCUCUCGAAGCUCUUUGCACUUUCUCCAUUUCUGGUUUCAUUUUUGCCCUUUUUGGCAUCAAGAGAACAAGUGCUCUAUUUCACAAAAUCCUGUCCGCCACUACAAUGGCGUUCUCCAACGUAGUCGGACCACUUGAAGAAAUUGGUUUCUACGGACACCCAAUGGCUUACCUAGCUGGAGCUACCUAUGGCCAGCCACAUGAAUUGAUGGUGAAUUUCCAAAGCUACGUGAAUAAGAUGACUAUUGUUCUGUCUGUGGACGAAGCCACCAUUCCUGAUCCGCAUCGAUUGUGUGAUGAUAUUGUUGAAUCGCUCAAACUUAUGAAAGAUGCUCUUCUCCAAAAAGGCCUCCUCAAAUAAUCUUUUUAAUUAUAAAUAAAUAUAUUAGGUCAAACAGGAUGAAUACUUAGUAUUAUUUUGAUUUUGUUAUAAUUUUUAAAUUAUUAUAUUUGAAAAAUUAUAUAAUUAAUUAAUAUAUCAUAUAUAAUAACUAUUGUCCUUAUUAGGGAUGAAAUAUUAAGGGUGACACUUUAGUAAAGAAAUAGUAUUAGGGGCGACACUUUAAGUUAAUACAUGUUGCUCCUAAUACCUUUUAGAUUAUUAUUUACGGACAAAAAAAGUAACCCUUAAAGCUCUUUUUGUUAUAUUUCGUUAUUUUGAUCAUAAAUGAAAAUUGAUGGCAUUAUGAAUUA